AUGUCGUCAUACCCUUCAUACCCUCCAAACCUCACCGCGGAACAACUCUCCUACCUCAUCACUUCUUUCACCGACUAUUCCCUCUCCCACGGUCUUAUCGUCCGCCCCGCCCCCACCUUCAUCCCCACCAACCCUUCCAACUCCCUCGCCACACCAGCACCGGUAACCCUCUGGCCGUCUCCAUUCCCCAGAACCCACUUCGAAGAAGCCCGUUCCCUCCAACCAUUCUGCAACCUCCUCUACGCCCGUGUAGCAGCCGACCAAUCAUGGCUAGGAGAUCUAAGCACCUCCCUCUCCCUCGUCGACGACUUCAUCUCAAAACUCUGGGCCAUCCACACCCGGUUAAAAUCCGAAAACGGUUAUCAUCAUAAAUACUCCCUAGGACUAUUCCGUUCGGACUACAUGGUCCACACCUCAGAUUCCGAAUUCGCGCCAUUAGGGAUUCGACAAGUCGAGUUCAACACCAUUGCAAGUUCAUUCGGUGCAUUAGCUUCAAAAGUAUCGGAUUUACAUCGAUAUCUAUGGAGAAGUGGUGCUUACCCACCGACAGCAGAUUAUAUCAAUGAUUUAUCAUUACCCCGGAACGAAGCACUUGAAAGAUUAGCGGAGGGAUUGGCAAAGGCUCACGAAGUAUACAUUCAAGAUGUCUCGCCUGAUGCAAAAUAUACACUGGAGACCGCAGCAUCAGUAGGGCCUAAUUCUUCUUAUGGAAUAAUGUUUGUGAUUCAAGAUGGAGAAAGAAAUGCAUUCGAUCAGAGGUGGUUGGAGUACCAUCUUACACAGAAGUACGGGAUUAGGGUUUUUAGGGUGACGUUCGAGGAGAUUAGGAAGUACACACAUCAUGUACGGCCUAACUAUGAGUUAUUGUUUGUACCACCGCAUGCGUUCGAUGGGAGGAAACAGCAGGUUUAUGAGAUUUCGGUGGUGUAUUACAGGGCUGGGUAUGGACCUGGUGACUACCCGGGACAGGAGGAAUGGAAUACUAGGUACUUUUUGGAGGAAUCGAGAGCUAUCAAAUGUCCGACUAUUUUAACACAGUUGGCCGGGUCGAAGAAAGUACAGCAGGUACUCGCCGAAAAGAAAAAUUUGGAGAAGUUCAUGGGCAAUGAAAGGGGUGAAGAGGGUAUUGUGGAAAGGAUAUUUGAGACCUUUGCAGCGAUAUACCCGAUGGAUGAGUCCGAAGCUGGAUUGAAGGCUCGAAAGUUGGCAUUCGAAGAACCACAUAGGUUUGUGCUGAAGCCGCAGAGGGAAGGCGGAGGAAAUAAUAUCUAUAAAGAUAAGAUCCCGGAAUUUUUGAGGGGAUUGGAAGAAGAGAAGUGGCAAGGUUACAUUUUGAUGGAGUUGAUACGGCCUCCUGAGGUGGAGAAUUUGGUGAUGAGGAAUGGGGAGAUGAUGCAGGGGAAGGUAGUAGGAGAAUUGGGGGUCUAUGGGGCGGUUGUUUGGAAAGACGCAGAGGAUGGAGAACCUGGUGAUAUAGAUAUUGUGUACAAUGAAGAAGCCGGCGUGCUAUUAAGGACGAAAGGAAGCUCCAGUGAAGAAGGAGGAGUAGCGGCCGGAUUUGGUUGCGUCGAUAGUUGUGUCUUGGUGGACUAG